AUGACCGAAGAAAUCUACCAAAGCGCUCUGGUGACUCGCUACUGUCGGAAUUCGCCGAUUUUGCGUUUUCAUAGCGAGAAGAACAAAGCUGUUCUCUGGCGACAAUUAUGGAUUUGGCUAGCUGAAGCAGAACAAGAGCUUGGUCUCAAACAGAUUUCAACUGAAGCGAUUGACGAGAUGAAAGCAAAAAGAGAUCAAGUCAACUUUGACGAGAUUCGAUCCGAAGAAAGACGGCUCAAGCACGAUGUGAUGGCGCACAAUCAUGUUUUUGGAAAACUCUGCCCAAAAGCUGCAGGCAUUAUUCAUCUUGGCGCCACCUCGUGCUACGUUCAGGACAACGCUGAUCUCAUCGUAAUUCGUGACUCAAUUGAUCAUUUACUAAAACGAUUUGCCACUUGUCUUCAAAGGAUGGCCACAUUUGCUGAGCAACAUAAGGACACCGUUACUGUCGGUCGAACCCAUUAUCAGGCGGCCUCUUUGGUAACGGUUGGCAAGCGAACAGUUCUCUGGGCACAAGAAAUGGUUAUGGCUUUGGAGCAGCUCGAGCAUUUCCGCAAUACUAUGCGCUUCCGUGGAGUCAAGGGCGCUACCGGAACUCAAGAUUCGUUCAUGACGCUUUUUGGUGGGGAUGAGGAUAAGGUUGAAACUCUCGACGAAUUGGUAACAAAGAAGGCUGGUUUUACGCAGCGUUUCUACAUUUCAGGACAAACGUAUUCGAGACAAUUGGACAUUCAACUUCUGAAUGCUCUUGCCACUUUCGGCGCUGUGACGACAAAGAUUUGCAAGGAUAUUCGGAUCUUGCAAGCCAACGGAGAACUUCUAGAACCCUUUGAGAAAGAUCAAAUCGGGUCUUCUGCCAUGCCGUACAAGCAAAAUCCGAUGAAGAGUGAACGAGUGUGCUCGCUUAGCCGCUCACUGAUGAACAUGGCUUCUGAAUCUCUUGCUACGUUGGCAGAUCAAGGUUUCGAGAGGACACUUGACGAUUCGGCUUGUCGGCGACGUUACAUUCCCGAAAGUUUCCUUCAUGCAGAGGCCAUUUUUAACACUUUGCAGAAUAUUUUCGAGGGAUUGACCGUCAAGAAGCAAGGAGUUGAGAAAGUUGUCGAAACAGAGCUUCCCUUUCUCGGGUUGGAAAAAGCAAUGAUGUUUUUGACUGAAGAAGGCGUGGAUAGGCAGAAGGCUCAUGAAAAAAUUCGUGAAGUGGCUUUAGCUGCCAAAGAAGGCCAACAAGAGCACAAAGUUAAUAUGACAGAAAUGCUAGAAGAUCCAUUCUUCGAUAAGGUUCGUGAUCGUGUGCUUGCUCUUGUUUCACAGCCACUCAACUUCACUGGGCGUUGUGUUUCGCAAACGGUCCGUUACAUCAAUGAGAACAUCAAGCCAAUUGUCGAGAAGUAUCAUGCUGUAGAAAGUGACCAAAAAGUGCAAUUGGAUGUU